GGUAGACAGACAGAUCGAAAUAAUUUUCCAGACAUCAAGAUGUUGGGUUUCUUUCUGCACCUUUCAAAGUCCAGACGUGUAUAGUGUAGUGCUUUUUAAGUUGUUUAUCAAAGGCUGAAUGGUCUAUAAUUUUAAGCAAACUCUUUGUUACUAAAGUGCAAACAGGAUUAACGUGAUUAUUUCCAUGCAGGAAACGUAUAAACUUGUGCAUUUGAGCUAGACUGAAGUGGCUUAGCUGAGUUAAUUCUAAGCUCGCCAUCAGAGAGCACACACAAAUACAAAUGAAAACAAAAAUUUAGCUUCAUUUGUCAGUGUUGAGGAUUUAUUAUUCAAAAUUGUUACAGACGGGAAAAUAAAUUCAGUUUUAGUUUGUGCUGCGUUAUCCAAUAACAUUGUGAUUGAACUGUGCAGUUUGCUGAGGAAUCUGUGUGUAGUAAAAGAUCCAGGAUUACCUCAUAAAAACAACAGUCGUGAUAUCGUUUCGACUGCCUCUGUAAACAUGGACCUCACGAUGUAGCAUUAAGCCAGCCCACCCCGUUAAUAACUAACAGCUGCAAAUAUUUGCUACCCGGAUGGACAUUGCCUUGCGAUCAUACAUCAGUAAGCAACCGGAAUAGUAUGUCCCCUUUCGACAGGAACUGAAGCCGUUCGGAGAAAAAGCAGCUUUGUGUAAGUUCCUAGCUACGAAAGAGAUACGCACCAGUGUAGCGAGAAUGCGUUCCAUUCUAUUCAUAGCAGCGAGUCUGACAAUAUUAACACUGGAGCUGGAUGCUUCCCUAAGCCAGAGUAAUGCCGAGCCGACCGGGUUGAUUUGCGAGACGUACGACUGCAAAGAUGGAGACUGUACGGUGGGAACCGAGGUUUGCGAGGAAGGUGAUGCGGAUAAGCCCGUUGGGUGCUUUGUGGUGUGGAGCACCAAUAAUGUGACUAGUGAAGUAAAAGUAACGAUGAAGGGUUGCUUCCUCAACCCGAGCGAUUGCAACAACACAGAGUGCGUGGACACCUCUCAUGGCACUAAGAACAACUUGAACUACUGCUGCUGUCGAGCUAACAUGUGCAACCGGGAGCACAAGUGGGUUCCGGUCGUCACCAAGCCGCCGGAUGUGAUUCAUCACGUUACACCGGAAACGAACAUUGUCCUAACCGCUGCAAUUAUCGUGAACAUUAUGGUACUGGUUUUUGGUGUCGGUUUCACAUUCUUCUGGCGACACAGGAAGCAGUCGAUGUUCAAUGAAAUCCCUACGAUUGAGCCAGAAAUCACGAGCUCAUCGCCGAAUCUAGCUUUGAGACCAAUUCAGCUCAUCGAAGUUAAGGCACAUGGCCGCUUCGGGGUGGUUUGGAAAGCUCAGCUUAUGUCGCAGGAGGUAGCAGUGAAGAUAUUUCAGGCACAGGAAAGGCAAUCCUGGAUCACUGAACAGGAAAUAUUCAAACUACCACGCAUGAACCACCCAAAUAUACUACAAUUCAUCGGAUGCGAAAAACGGACUGAGGCGUCGAGCACAGAUUUUUGGUUGAUCACUGCUUAUUGUCAGCAUGGGUCGUUGUGUGAUUACCUGAAAUCGCAUACCGUCACCUGGCAGGAGUUGCGCACCAUUGCCGAGAGUAUGUCCCGCGGGCUGAUGCAUCUGCAUGAGGAAAUUCAGAGUAGCAAAUCGGAGGGUCUAAAACCGUCGAUUGCACAUCGGGAUUUCAAGAGCAAGAAUGUACUGUUGAAGGAUGACUUGACGGCUUGCAUUGCGGACUUCGGAUUGGCAUUGGUAUUCACACCGGGAAAACCCUGCGGCGACACUCACGGUCAGGUCGGAACCCGCCGCUACAUGGCACCGGAAAUUCUGGAGGGAGCCAUCAACUUUACACGGGAUGCAUUCCUCCGCAUUGACGUGUACGCUUGCGGUUUAGUACUGUGGGAGCUGGUAUCACGCUGCACUGCCCACGGCGGAGCGGUCGACGAGUAUAAACUGCCGUUCGAGGCGGAAUUGGGCUUACACGCGACAUUAGAGGAAAUGCAGGAAAAUGUCGUCACAAAAAAGCUCCGUCCACGGAUUCACGACCACUGGAGGAAUCAUAAUGGUCUCAAUGCACUGUGUGACACUAUGGAGGAAUGCUGGGACCACGAUGCGGAGGCCCGCCUUUCCUCGUCUUGUGUGAUGGAGCGCGUAUCGCAACACGGUCGCUUCCAGUCGACCACACCUCUGCUCAUCGAAACGAACACUACCAACGACCUGCCCCCGAAGGUUGCCUCGGAGAGUGUUUAGGAUACUAGGUUGGACCGCCGGUUUCAUCGAGGUUAUGGAAAGACCUGCUCCACUACAGGAUGCAGGAGUCCUUUCGUAGUAGUUUGCUUUUGGAUUGUGCGGAAUUUGUUAGCCCUGUGACAGCAAAACGUACAGAGAAAGCCUAUCUUGCAGCUUUACUAUACUCGUGUACACUUAAACUUUUAUCGAUCCAGUUUUGUUUUUAACACAUCCUGCAGCAGACAUUCUGGCGUUUAUUUAUGAUCAAACAGGAUCGCAGUCUGAACACGUGUACGUGACGAACUGAUUGUUCAGGGAUACUAUUUAGAAGUAGCGAUUUUAUCAAACAAAACUUUAUUUGAUGUACGUUUUCAAAAAAAAAAACCAAGAAAGUCGACAAACGUUUGAACGUUUCGGUAGGUGGCCUUUGCGAUCGCAAGCGAUUGGUAGCUUAAUUUUGGACUGAUCUGAACAGCCGAUAUCAUGAGAAAAAGUAAAAAUAAAAAUCAAAAAAUUGUUAUUAAAAAUAUGACGUAAUAAAUGGCAGUCAUUUAUAUUACACCGUUAAAUCGGUAAUGUUUCAUAGCUUUCCUCAGCUAUACGCAAAUAACGUGCAUUCAUAUGAAUAGGAAAUUGUAUACUUUACAACAUUUAGAAGACUCCCCCCGCACCAACUCUUGAGAUAGAAUCCUAGAGCGAAUCAUGUUUACUGGAACCAGUGUGUAAAUUAAGGCUACACGAACACAAAACGACGGGAAUUCGCGUAAUAAGAUAUAUUUUUGUAAGUCCUCCAAUAUUAGCCAAUAUGCCAUGAUUAGUUUUUAAUAAAUAUUAUUCUGGUAGAGUUAGCAUAA